CCCAUUUUUUAUCCCACAAAUUAUUUGCAAGAAUUAAACUUUAUUUAUGCAUAAACAAAGCAAACUAGAAGAAACACCAAAUACAGAAAGCAUUAAUCGUCUAAAAAAAUACAGAAAGCAUUACAACAAAGAAAAAGCACCACACAAGAUACAUAUUUUCAUGUUCUAUUGGCACACACCUCAUACUUUGGAUCAUAAUUCAGAUGAAGUUUCCUUCCUUGUACGCCUCGUAAUUGCGAUCCUUCAUGAAUUCCAGCAGCAAUGAGGAGUAGGGCUGCUCAACAACUCCCUUAUACUCCUUCCACCACUGCAUAAAGCUGCUCUUGUCCAAGAAAAUCUCAGGAGACAAUGCAUACUUCUUAAUGGCAUCGUACACAUCCGCCUCAAACUUUCUCAAUUCUUUUAUGGCAGCUUCUUUCCCUUCACUAGUAAUUGCUUCAUUCUUUAGCAGUUUGCAUCGGAUGCGAGCUUCUUCAACAUGCGCCCAAAAACACGAAUCCUCAUUCAAACUAGACCCCACGCAACGAAUUUUCUUCUCAUUCCGUUGUGCUCUAUAUCUCAUACAACAAUCCUCGAUCUCGUCCCCAUGGGAAAUCAAAAUUUCAAAUCAUUUUUCAUUGAUCAUUCUGAUCAUUUGGCCUUGGUGAUAGUGUUCAAUCAACAUAAUCGACCAAAUCAAUCUAAUCGGCAAAAUGGUUCCUCCUGUUGCAGUCCUCUCUCCGAGCAACAACUUCAACAAGUUUUGGCUAUUUUGAAUCACAAAGUUUCUGAUGAUUCUUCUAGUCCUCAUUCACAAGCCAAUGCUGCUAUAACUAAACCAGGUUUAUCUAAGAUCGCUUCCCGUAGCUGGAUCAUUGACAGCAGGGCGACAGAUCACAUCUCUUCAUCUCCUAAAUUAUUUUCGCAUAAGAGUAAAAAUUGUUCAUUGCCUCCUGUGUUAUUACCUAGCGGAGAGAAGGCUAAUAUUGUUGCAAAAGGAUCAUUGCCUCUGAAUUCUGUGUAUUACCUGCGUGAUGUAUUGAUCUGGUUUCGAAGAGAACGAUUGGUUUGGGUAAGCAACGUGACGGUCUCUACUAUUUGGUGGCAUUAGCGACGGAGAAAACCACAUCCAAACCACAUCACUCAUCACCCAUUCAACAUGCCUGUCACCUCACCAUGUCCUCUACCAACCUUUGGCAUCGUCGUUUGGGCCAUGUUUCAUCUCCUCCUCUAGGCAUGUUUCAUCUCCUCCUCUAGAUUAUAUUGCUAAAUAUUUCUUAAAUAUUUCUCUUAAUUCGAAUCAUGCUUGCGAUGUUUGUCCAUUAGCAAAGAAGAGUCGUCUUUCUUUUGGUGCUAGUUCUAUCUCAUCUGUUAAACCUUUUGAUCUUAUUCAUUGUGAUAUCUGGGGUCCUUAUAAACA